GCUAACAAAAAAGAAAAUUAGAUAUUAUUAUAUUUAUAAGAUAUAUAAAGCACUAAUUUUUAGGAUUUAUAGAUUCCUUUAUGGCGUAUAAAAGAUGAAGAAAUAUUAAAUGAAAUUAGUGAUUAUUUAAUCAAAAGGAAAUUUUUGAAUAUUAAUAAAAAAAUAGAAGUCGUAUUUGAUUAAAUAAAAUAAAAAAUAAUAAAUAUAAUAGAAAAUGCUAAAGAGAAAUAUAUUGAAAAAUUAGGAGAAAAUUGUGAUUUUAUUUAGUCUUUAAUAGAAGUUUUUUAAAAAGUUGUUCCAGUAGAUUUAAUAUAGGGUAAACUUCAGAAUUUUACUAAUAAAGAGGAUUUUGAAAUGUUUUUUUAGGAUUUGUUAUAAAAUUAGGAAAGAAAGAAUCUUUUUUAAGAAUUAAAAGAAUAAUAUUAGGCUAUUUUAGAUUAGGAAAAACAACUUAAUUAUAAAAAUUUAAGAAAUUAAUUUCUAAUUGAAUUGCCUAAUUUACUUUCUGAUCAUAGUUUAGAUAGAUAAGAGUCGCCAUUUUAUUAGAAACAAAAUCAAGAUGAUUAAUUAAUACUAAAAAAAGUCAAUUCAAUAAAAGAAGAAGUCAAAAUUAUCAUAAUGGGACCUCAAAGUGUACCGAAAAAUGGUUUUAUUAAUACCUUGAUACAUUAGGAGUUCUCAAAUGAAAAAAUUUAGGCUAAAAAUAAAAGUUAUGUAUAUCCUUUUUAAAUUUAGGAAAAAAAUUUGACACUUGUUUUGUAAGAAAUCGAAGAAAUCAAUAAGUAAAGUAAAGUAAAUUUAGAAAAUAUGAAAGUUUUAGUACUUUUAGCAGAUAAGAAUUCUAAAAUUGAAGAACUUGAAUACAAUUUAGUUUAGUUUUAAGAAAUGGGAGUAAAAGCUGAUUAAUUUGAAAAGAUAUUAAUAUUUUUAGUUUUUUUAGAAGAAAAAGAAAACGAAAAUUAAUAAAUAUUUUAGAACAUAAAGGAAUUUUUCAAAAAUUAUAAAAUAAAUGAUUUUUUAAAAGUAAAUAAUAAAGAUUAUUAAUAGGUAAAGGAUUGUUUUAUCAAAAUUUUAUAAUAAUAAUAGUAAUUUAUUUGAAUAUUGAUUUUUUUUUUGUUCAUUCCCAAUUAUUUU